CGCAGAGACCCCACCGGCCAGUCAGAGAAGGACCUUGCUCCCGAGGAGAAGACAGGGGAGGAUGAAGACUCAGCCACAGAAGGGGAGGAAGAGCUAGAGACAGAGGAGGAGGAGAAGCAGGAAGAGCAAGUCCUGAUCACAGAAAAAGAGGAGGAGGUGGAGGACCUAACCAUAAAAGAGGAGGAGGACAUAUCCGUAGAAGAGGAGAAGGAGGAGGAUGAGAACCUGUCUGCAGAAGAGGAGGAGGAAGAGGUGAAGGAGGAGGAUGUGCUGAUGCAGGGGGAAGAAGAAGAGAAGGAGAUGGACCUGGCCAUGGAGGAGUAG